AUGCCCGGACCGGGCGCGUACCUGCAUAUGUCGCGGUCGGUGCUCUGCGCGGAUGAGCUGGCUCAGGAGGAGGAGGCCUACGCCGAAUCGCUUAAGGCCAUCUGCCAGUAUGCGGCGGAUUCUGUCCCUUUGGGCCUCGCGGGCGUCUCGAGAGCCGCUAACUCGUCGACUCUGGCCGCGUAUCCCGUGGCGUCGGUGUCGUCGUCGCGGGUCGGGGCAACUGCAUCGGCAUCGGCUGCGUCGACGGCGACAGCGACGACGGCUACUGCCGAUGCUUCGAUGGUGGCAGGCUCGACAAUGAUGAUGGACUCGUCGUGGGCAAAUGCGACGCUCGGCGGUGGCUACCACCAACCUUCGUUCUCGCAGUCGAUCAUGUGGCCGUCGUACGGCCCGCGGGCGAGUGCGUCGUGGCGGCCGGCGCCCGGGUCGACGAUGACGACCACGCCUCUGGCGACGGCUCCGUCAACAUCGACGACGACGGCGUCAUCAGGCGGCUCGGGCGCGGCCAUGCGGGCGACGCUUGCCGAGCAGAUUGGCGACAUCACCAUCUCCAACGCGGUGCGGGUGCUGGUUCUCGGUGCGGGGCAAACCGAGGUCUCGGCAGGCAUUGUGGGUGCGCUGUCGGACGCCGUGGCGGCGGUCGAGUCGGACCGGCCGAGCAUGACGCUGUUUGUGGCGCCGCCAGUGGCGUCGGCUGCCGAGGCGACGCUUGCCGAGGCCGAUGUGGCGGCGGCGGUGGCGCGCGGCGACGCGGCAGUCCGCGACAUCUCGUGGGACGCUAGCGUCGAUGCGCUUGCAGGUGCCAUGCGCGACGUGGCGUACCUUGUUGUGAUUCCCGACGGCAACGGCGACGUAGCGGCGCAGGUCAAGGCUGCUACGGCGGCGGCGGUCGACGCGGGCGUGGUCUUUGUGGUCCUCGUCUCGCACCUCGCGGCGGCUGCGCCGGAGAGCUCGGGAUGCGAGCCGCUGUUUGCGGCGUACGGUGCUGCCGAGAUGGCGCUCCGCGACUCAGGCUUGGCGUACACGGUCCUCCGCAGCGCGCCGGUGCUGCAGGAGCUCAUGACUGCGCCGCGGCUGAACCAGGGCCGGCUGAUGAUGGCCAAGCGCGGCGGCGCGUACGUCGACGCGCGUGACGUCGGCGCUGCCGUCGGCGCUGUCCUUGCCAACCCGGUGGCCCAUGCCAAGAAGACCUUUGUUCUCACCGGGCCGUCGGUCGUGACCGGGCCUGCGCUCGCCGACGCGCUGGGCCAGGUCCUCGGCUCUGCGCCCGAGCUCGGCGAGCUUGCGGCGGGCGAGUUGCAGGCGGCGGCAGCGGACGACGCUGCCUCGGCUGCUGGCGACCUCGAUCUCAUCUCGCCGCACCUCGAGCGGCUUAUCUCGCGCCGGCCGGCAACACUGCUCGCGUGCAUCGCCAAGGAGCUGUCCCGCCUGAUGCUGGCCAGCCAGUAG